UAACUUGUGCAUGCGCAAGUGGGCCCAUUUUAGCCAAGCCGACCACCAUUUUCGAGUUUACAGUUCGUACAAAUAAUGUGUUGAAAAUUUUUUGAAUCAAGCAAAAUGGAAAAUCGUGCAAAUAUUUUGCGUGCAAUGCAAAUUUGCCGAUUUUGCCUGAAUGAAGAAGGUCCACUGACAAAUAUCUACGAACGUCAGGGCAAGGACAACAAGCAAACUGUUCCACUGCCGCUCCAGCUAAUGGCGUGCGUUGCAAUCGAGGUAUUUGAAAAUGACGGAAUGCCUCAACUGAUUUGCAAAACCUGUCGUGCACAAGCCCUUCAAUCGUACACUUUCAAAACAAACUGCAAAAAAGCAGACGAUGCCCUUAAGGUGUUUCUAGCCACAGGGUCCCUAACCCGGCCCUGGAGCCAAGAGGAACUAAACGAACAAACAAAAACGUUCCAAGCCACCAAACGAGUGGUCGACCAAGCUGAAGAAAACCGAAACAAAAAAAUCAAACGCGAAAACAGCGAUGUCAUAACUCUCAAUUAUUCUGCAAGUUUAUCACAUGAUAGUAACACAGAAGAGAGCAAUUUCAAUGAAGAGAGCGUCGAAGGGCCAAGUUUCGCGAGCACGGAGAGCGAGGAACAGAACGACCAAAGUAUGGAAAAUGACGAUUUCAUGAAUUUGGAAGAGGAGUCGGUUUUAAACCCGGUUUUGAAAGUGAAUCAAGUGAAGACUGAUUGCUUUCCGUGCCCACAUUGCGAGAGGUCGUUUCCGUUGAAACAACUGCUCGAUCUUCAUCAGAGUAAUCAUGAUAGAGAGAGGAAUUACAACUGCAAUUCGUGCGAAAAGGCGUUUUUUACGAAGUAUGAUUUGAGCAAACAUCUCCUCAUACAUACGGGGAGUAAGCCGUUUACUUGCGUCGUCUGCGAAAAGACUUUUGCAAGGGAAUCUCUUUUACACAGACAUGAGAAAAUACAUGUUAAUGUCCCGAAAUAUUUGUGCUCGCAAUGCGAUCGCACUUUUCUAACUGGGGAAGAUUUGGAUGCCCAUACGGCAAAGCACAAGAAGAAGCGGCCGUUUAUGUGCAAGAUAUGCUCGAAAAGUUUCGUUUUUAAGCAGGGCUUAGAACGCCACGAACAAACCCACAACAACGUCAAACCCCACAAAUGCAACUACUGUGAGGCAAGUUUCACCUCAGCCAUUAAACUAACACGUCAUGUAACAUCACAUGCCGGCCUCCGACCAUAUCCUUGCAAAAUGUGCGGUCGCACAUUUCUCCUCAGCCACCAUUUAACUCGCCACAUGCGAAGUCACUACGCUGCCCAACAAUCCGAAGCUUGUGUGCCUUCAAUCGGCCAAUACAAAUGCGACGUUUGCAGCAUGUCCUUCAGACGCAAAGACUCGCUAAUCAACCACAGCGCCAUCCAUUCAAUGGUCAAUUUAAAAUGCGUUAUUUGCAACACCGAGUUCGAUAAUGUCGUCAAAGUGAAAGAACACAUAACGACACAUUUAUCCGACUUGCCAUUCCCUUGCGAAAAAUGCGACUAUUCCUUCGAAACGCAAGAACAACUCGAAGACCAUGAGCUAAAACACGCCGAGAUGGAAUAUGAGGAGCAGAUCGAACAAGAAGUUUUGGCAGAAGCGCGCCAAGCGGCCGCCGUCAAAGACUCAAACGAUGAAGAAAAUUCCGAUUAUUCCGGAGAUGAUAUUGCUGAGUUCACCAUCACCAACGAUAUGGAGAACCCUGAAGUGGUCAGGCGUUCGAAACGUGCGUCAAAAAUCAAAAACUAUGCCGAGUUUUUGAAAGACGAGCUCGGUUCAGAAAUCGAGGAUAAUGCAGAAGGUGAGGAGGAGUUGCCAGAAGGGGAGAACACAGGUGACGAGGCACCAAACCCUGAAGAAACACACGAGGAGGCAAUUAAACCGAUCGUACGCUCGGAAGGAACGAAAGUCUACUCGAGGAAAAGCCUCCCCGAGCGCCCCAAAGUCGCCCCACAGUUGAGUCUGGACCAGGGGAACGUUGCCCCCUUGUCCAAAAUCACGCAACCGCACACCAUCAACUCACUCGAACACUUGUCCAAGGAUCUGAGCAAAAUCCCCGACAAGGAAGUGUUCAAUAUGAAGAUCGGGGACAAGACCGUUACGGUGCAGAAAUUGCUUCUCACCAAGGAACAGAUGAAGGCUAUGGCCAAGGAGGGGAAGAUUGAGAAGAAGGGGAACACGCUCUUGUUGAAGAAAACGGCAAGUCAGUCGUUUCAAAGCGUCAGUCUUGACUCGAUUUUCGGGAAAUCGGAGCUGAAAACGCCGAAGAAGACCUACCAGAGGAAGGUAAGUUCGGGGGGGGAUGACACAGGGGAAGGCACCAUUACGCUAAAUGAGCAUCUGAAUUUGCCGAUGGAGGAAAAUAGUUCGUAAAGUGUAUUAAUUGAUGGAAUAAAUAGAGGGUCCUGAACUCGAAUAAGUUUA